AUGUCUUUCGAUGAUGAUGUGUGGUUUUGUGGUCAAGGCUCCUGCACAGGUUAUGAUUUUUUGUCCAGCAGCCUUCUCGGAGAGGACGCAGCCGAGGAAGAUGAAAACAUUGAUUACUAUUUUUGCACGACAGCAAGCUUUGAUGUGGCUGAAUUAGACGGAGUUGAAUCGUAUGGAAAAGAUACGGAUUUAAAUGAUGAUGAAGAAGAAGAGGAUGAACAGGUGCCCUAUUUUCCGACGAACACUUUUUCGAAAAUUAUUUACAAACCGUCAAGAUUGUUAAGAAGACCAGCGAAACGAGGAGGAAAUGGAAAUCAAGCAAUCGCUCGAGGAAGAGGAAAUUUAUGGAUGAGAGAAGAACAUUUUCGGAAAAACGAGACUUGGAAGAUCAGUAGAGUGUGCAGUGGAGGCUUUCACACUCAAUAUAAUUUAUUCUUUAUUGAAAAUGAUGAGAGAACAUACUUUUAUAUGAGUAGUGAUACUUUACAAGUGUUGCGAAAAUUUGAAUUUUCUACAUUAUUUGAUAAUAUGUUGAAGAAAAUGAUCACCAAAUAUCAUCGAGAGAAGAACUUCAACAGCAAGAACAACAAUAAUUGUGAUCAUUUGACUUGCUCAUCUUUGCAUAGGAAUGAGCAUGUGACACUUUCUGAAACAAUGUGUGCCUCUCGAGAAAUGAAAGAUAUUAUUUGUAACAAUGCAAAUUAUGUACUAUUUGAAAUGAUGGAUGGAAGACUAUAUUUGUUUGAUAUUUGGAAAAUUAUACUAUUUCCAUUUCCAGUUGUAAAAUUCAAAAGCGAUUCGAUCAUCAUUUAUUCAAACAUCAUGUCAGAAGAAAUUAUUUGUUAUUUGAAAAAUCAGGAGAGAACUCUUCGAAUUUGGAUCUCAAAAGAAUGCAAUAAGGACAUACAGUUACCAACUGAGUGUUGUAACCUCAAACAAGUUGCUGCAUAUUCAGAGAAUUUUCACUAUUUUGUUGAUAUGCAAAAUCAAUUAUUUAUGCACCAACAUAGUAUUUUCUCAGGCUCAUCAAGGGCCAUCAUUGAUGACGUCACUACUCGUGUUUUACUACCAAAUCAGCAUACAAUGGUUCAUUCGAAUAUUAAGCAAAUUUGUUGUGGAGCCUCUCAUAUAUUAGUCUUAAUGGAUAACGGAGUGGUAUAUACUCGAGGUUCCAAUCAAUAUGGGCAAUGUGGUGUUCAUGGAGCAUCUAAGUUGCCAGAAUUUAUGCAAAUUGACGUCUCUACUCCUGUCAAAUCCUUAUCUGCUUGCCCCAACUGUAGCGUAUUCAUUACACAGAAUAUGUUCAUAUUUUUAGGAGCAGUAUUCGAUCCUUUUGAACAAGACGACCGAUCAAAUGUCCACGAUGAAGAUUUGAAACAACAAUACUACGAGUUGCAUUCUCGAUUCAAGUCUGUUCAUAUCAUUAAGAAGGAGAAACGUUUUGAAACUGUCGAAUGUGGCACUUUGUGUUGCUUUGUUUAUUCAGGACGUCACUUCAUGCGCUCAUGUGACGCUUUACGAGAUGGGAUGCUUCAAUUCUUUUCUCGAUUGAAUUAUCAACUCAUGGAAGCAAAUCAAGUCUCGGAGGACAAUCGUUAUACUUUCAUCGACUUGGAUGUCUUGUGUUUGUGA